AUGGGCGAUUUUACCGGAGAAAGCUCUGCAACAGAUCGCAAUAAUAAUAAAAAACUACCAAACUUUAAUCCUAUGUCUACAAGAAAUCCAAUUAUGUCUGCAAUGAGCUCAUCAAUUCAACAAACGGCAUUUGCACUUGCCAAGGCAAAUUCUGAGAAACAACAGACCCAGCAUGAUCGUAAAAUUUUAGAUAUUAAGGAUACAUCUCUAGAUUGGGGUCCAACCCAGGUCAUUAUUGACAUCGACGAUACUGUGAAAUCUAGUGGAGGCUACAAAAUCUUCAAUGUCCAUCUAGGUGGUGUAGAUACUCAAUAUGGGAGAGGGGAACUUUAUCCUGGCUCAUUUCAGUUUAUCCUCGAGUUGUCAAUGUACAAAAUGGGAAAAAACAGAAAGCCACUGCUUUUGGCUGUUUUGACGACUAGAAUCCCACAGGUUCCAAUUACCGUUGAUUCUGCACUGAAUAUGAGACUCAGAGAGGUUGCAGAAAAACGCGGUGUUUUAAAUUGGGGGAUAGAUUGUAAUAACAAAAUCCUUUAUUCGACUCUAAAGGAGUGGGUUUUUAAUGAAUCACGCGGGGAGAAGAAAUUUGUCAAUUUUAGAAAGCUACACAAAUACGUUUCUAGUGAAAAUAGCGAUGCCAGAUAUAUUUGGAUUGGAGAUACUGGUGACAGGGAUCUUGAGGCUGGAGAAAUGAUGAUAAAGUAUUUUCCUGGAAGAAUAAGGGCAGUUUUUAUGCACUGUGUUACACCUUCCGGAAAUGGAUCAUCUGGCAUGCCGAAUGACUACUACUUAAAAUCCGUUCCAGUUUUGUUUUUCCGGACAUACGUCGGAGCUGCUAAAAAAGCUGUAGAACAUGGAUUGCUUAACCACAAUGCCCUUUCUAGAGUUUUGGUCAGAGCUGUUUUGGAUUUGAGUGAAAAUGAAACCUCAGAUCAUUCGAAGUGGAAGGAUUUGAUAAAGGAUAUUCUGGAAGUGGAAGAAAUCGCAAACCUCAAACGAUACGAAGCAGGAUUAGUUGUCAAAACAAGAGCCAUUAUAGAAUCAAAAAUUAGAGAAUUAUCGCAAUCCUCACUUUGA